AUGUCUGAUUUGCAAUACACCCUAGUUGGCAAAACAACCAACUGCAAUGAUUCAAGGCUCUCCCUCUCCACGCCAGUCCUUCGCAACAACACAGGGACGCGCGUGUGCGGCAUCCAAAGUGCCAAUACCACCAGCAUCCGAUCCUGCUGUGAUGGUGACGUCCAGCUGUACUGGUGCAAUUCGUAUUGCGAGACGUCCCUAAGCAUGGCCGAGUUCAGCAAAUGCUGGGCAAACAAUACAAACACCAACGACACUUAUCCUGGCUUCGCGUACUGCCAGCGCAGCAUCAGCAACACUCAAAAUGAAACGAUCCAGACAUCAGCCGGCCUACCUCGCACAGGUAGCCCAUCACGCCUGCUGCUCGCCCUGUUCCUCACCUUGCUCGCCGUCCUCCCAGCUUCUGCCUUUGUGGUCGACUCCCUCGACAACGGACUUAUGCGGAGGCAGUCAGACGACUCGCAAUGCGACUUUGACAUCGAUAGCAACUACACCAGCCAGGGGCCUGGCGUCGUUCUAACGGCCACCUUCGGCGGCUCCAGCUUUUCCGCGGUGGGCACCGAGGUGACGACGGGCACGAAGCAAAACAACCGGACCGUGAACGACACCUCGGCCGCGGAACCACAAUACGACGCCUUCUUUGGAGUCCUCGCGAAUCUGACGAGUCGCAGGUUCCCGGCCUUGAGCGGCGUCAGUUUGUUCUUUGAAUGGGCCACAGGAAGUACCGACACACAAGUGUACUUCUAUCCCUAUCGCUACUGCGUCAACGGGACAGUGUCUAACUGCGCUGAUGCAUUUGGUGAUGACCACGCUCCCCAAUUUGUUGAAGCGUGCGGGCCGAUCUUUGGCUCCGACUGGGUACCGGAGGGUGAGGAGGCCGUGACAGAAGGACUUGAGGCGGAGACACCCCAGGGGACGAUACAGGUUGUGAUGAGCUAA